AUGUCGUAUGCCGAGGGACAUAACCAGACUCACCUGCCUAUGUCUUUAUCUUACCCUCCUCCCUCACUCAUUCCCUCUGCUCUACCCGACACAUUCCCCUCCUCCAUCCCAACCUAUUACUCCUCUCUCAUCUCAUUUCUCCAUCCCCACAGCGCCUACCGCGUCAGCCCCUCUCGCUUCGUCGUACUCGCUAUAAGCGGCCUCAAUUUCACGUGGGUGACGGACGGGGAGGGCUGCAGAUGGGUGGGGCGAGACGGCAGCAGAGUGAACGGUUCAGUGUGGUACAGAGACUUCAUGGGUCCCAAAACUCAGACUGACUCGCUAGCGGCGUUCUGCCAGCUGUGGGGCAACACGUCCCGGGCAGGCGGCUACCUGGUGAUGACCAUGGAUGGCGUGGAAGCUGCCGUCUUCAACGAACGCCCGGGACAGCCUCUGGAACCACCACCAGAGGCCUCCCUCCCAGUCCACCUCACGUGGUGCUCACAGCCGCUCUACGGCACGCUAGACGCGGGCAUGGUGUGGGCAUGGGCGGAGUACCACCGGAUACAUGCCAACGUCUCCCGCUUCAUAUUCUACGACAUGGCGGCGUGGACUCCCGCCCUCACGGCGCUCUUCACGCCGUACUUUGCUGCGGGUGUUGCUGCUGUUACGGACAUGUCGGGAGGGCGGCGGUUCGGGUUUGUUGCGGGAGUGGAGUUGCUCUACUUUACAACCAAGCACCAGACCCUAGCCAGCAACGACUGCAUAUACCGGUCACUCUUCACCUCGCGCUGGGUCACUCUGCACGACACAGACGAGUACCUCGCGCCCGUCCCGCCGCACUCCCUGCCCUCGCUGCUCGCCGCACACGCCCACGCCCCCUGGCUCUCCCACGGCGCUUUCGCCGUCGAGCCCUCUGUGUGCCAAGGGGAAGGGGGGGAGGACGCACCCGCACCUGCUGAGGCUGCUACGGUGGAGCCUGCUGACUCUGAUGGUGGUGUGGGUGGUGGGUCUGCUGCAGUGGAGGCUGCUGGUGGUGGUGGUGGUGGUGAUACCCGGGGGGCUGGAGCGGCAGUGAACGCCAGAAGUAGGCAUGAGGAGACAGCACUGGGAGCAGCAGGGAAUGGCACGGAGGGUGGUGAGACGCAGUGGGAUGAAGCUGCAGGGACGGAGGCGAAGAGACGUGCCGUGCAGCUGCUAUCGCGAAUGGUGUUCCGGCACCCAGACGUGUGGUGCAUGCGCGACAGGGCCGAGGGGCAGUGGAUCGACUCAGACCUGUGUGAGGACUGGCGCGGCCACCGGAAACUGAUUGUCAACCCGCGCAAGACCGAGGUUAUGUCUAUCCACAUCGCACGGGAGCCACAGAAGGGCGGAGUAGUGUUGAACGCAGCAACGGAGCUGCGGCAUUUCCAUUUGUCUGGAGUGGUCAACCCGGUCAACGCGCACUGCCAAACUUUAGUGCCGCCCGGCGAGUCCCACGUGUGCACCGCCGGCGUCGGCAAUGUCCCAUGUUCCGCACUUGAAGCCGUGGCAGUAGCGCAUAAGACAGGAGGCGGGAACGGCGGAGAUGGCGGAGAGACGCGCGAUAGAGAUGACGGAGUUGGCGGAGAGAAGCGCGGCGAGGAGGAACAGCAGAAUGAAGCGCCGGGUGACGUGCGGACUCCGGCGGAACUAUCGCGCUACACGGAGGCCCUGGAAGCGACGCGCAGGCGAAACCGGUCGGACGUGGCUGUAGCGAGUGUGCUUGAGACGGAAGCGCGGCAGUGGAGGCAACGAACCUACCAGCAGCGAGGAUUCCUCUACGAGUUCAGCCCCUCUCGCUUCGUCGUACUCGGUAUAAGCAGCCUCAAUUUCUUGUGGGUGUCGGAGGGGGAGGGCUGCCGAUGGGUGGGGCGAGACGGCAGCAGAGUGAACGGUUCAGUGUGGUACAGAGACUUCAUGCGCCCCAAAACUAAGACUGACUCGCUAGCAGCGUUCUGCCAGCUGUGGGGCAACACGUCCCGGGCAGGCGGCUAUCUGGUGAUGACCAUGGACGGUGUGGAGGCUGCUGUCUUUAACGAGCAGCCGGGGCAGCCUCUAGAGCCGCCUCCGGAGGCCUCUCUCCCCGUGCACCUCACGUGGUGCUCCCAGCCGCUCUACGGCACGUUGGACGCGGGGCCGGUGUGGGCAUGGGCGGAGUAUCACCGUGUUUAUGCCAACGUCUCCCGCUUCAUAUUCUACGACAUGGCUGCCUGGUCGCUGGGCCUCACGGCGCUCUUCGCGCCGUACUUUGCUGCGGGCAUGGCGGCCGUUACGGACAUGUCGGGAGGGCGGCGGUUCGGGUUUCACGCGGGGGAGGGGGCACUGAGCUUUAUCACCAAACACCAGACCCUUGCAGGCAACGACUGCAUACACCGGUCGCUCUUCACAUCCCGCUGGGUCACUCUCCACGACACAGACGAGUACCUCUCGCCCGUGCCGCCGCAUUCCCUGCACGCACUGCUCGCCGCGCACGCCCACGCCCCCUGGCUCUCCCACGGGGCACUCGUGGUCGAACCCUCUGUGUGCCAAGGGGAGGCGCAGGUGGUGCCUGGAACUGCUGUGCUGCAGACUGCUGGUGGUCUUGCUGCGGCGGCUGGUGGGGCUUCUGAGACGAGUAACAGGAGCCUGGAACCAGCACUUUUUGAGGCGCCUCAAAAGACGAGUAACAGGAGCCUGGAACCAGCACUUUUUGAGGCGCCUCAAAAGACGAGUAACAGGAGCCUGGAACCAGCACCGGGCACAGCAGGGCACGGCACGCAGGAUGGUGAGAUGCAGUGGGACGAAGCUGCAGUGGAGGAGGCGAAGAGGCGUGCCGUUGAGCUGCUGUCUAGACUGGUGUUCCGACGGCCUGACGUGUGGUGUGUGCGCGACGGCGCGGAGGAGCAGCGGAUCGAGUCAGACCUGUGUGGGAACUGGCGGGGCCAUCGGAAACUCAUUCUCAACCCCCGCAAGACCGAGGUGGUGUCUAUCCACGAGGCCCGAGAGCCACAGAAGGGUGGCGUGGUGCUGAACGCAGCAACGGAGCUGCGCCACUUCCAUUUGUCUGGCGUGGUCAACCCAGUCAACGUGCGCUGCCAAACCCUCGUGCCGCCCGGGGAGGACCACCUCGCACGAUCGCACGCGCGCGCAGCCACGCAUACGCAGCAGCGCACGCGCACGCGGGUGCACGUGCGCCAGCAGUACGAAUCGCAGCCGCGCACUGCAGCUGCCGUCCGCACGCACGCUCGCCACGCGCGCACAGCAGCGUCAACACGCGCAGCAGCAGCCGCACGCGUUGCAGCAGCCGCACGCGCUGCAGCAGCCGCGAGCACGCACGUCACUGCACGCGUGCGAGCAGCAGCCUCUCGCGCACGCAGCAGCCAUUGCACGCACGGUUUCAGCAGCAGCUGCACACUCCUCUGCAGCCACUCGCACGCACGCCCUGCAGCAGCCGCAGCCACGCGCGUGCAGCGGCAGCAAGCGCAGCACCUGCCUCCGCAUCUGCAGCGAGCGCAGCAGCUGCAGCCCGUGCUCCAGAAUCCGUUCCUAACCACUACUAUCCGCCCCUACCAGCUCCUUACCACUCCUAUCCGCCUAUACCCGCUCCUCACCGCUCCUCACCGCUCCGAACCGCUCAUACCCGCCUCUAACCGCUCCUCACCGCUCCUAACCGCUCUCGACUGCACUCCACCGCUUUGA